AUGAGUAAACGUGACUACUUUCUUCAAAAAGGUCUCGAGAUGCAGCGCCUUGACGAACAGAUUUCCAUCGCCCCCGCAGGCGGCAGCGUAUCGCGCGAAGUGACCAAAUACCGUGAGCUAUGCCCACCCGGCAUCCCAGACAUUCAGAUCCAGAAGAUGAUUGGUCAGUGCAAAGGUGACGCCCAACGCAUGGAGAACGUCAUUAGCGAACUGUGGGAAGACUAUCGCGGCCACGGUCAUGAUGAUGCCUGGGCCACUGUUAUCAAAAAGACCACCAAGAAGAAACACGACAAUUUAUCGCAGCGCUCGUAUUCGUCACAGAAGACACAAAAACAGGACGAUAAAGCAGAUGCAUCGCAGAAUGGUGACGCACAGCCCUCCAGGUCGUUGGAGCGGUUUUCUACGCGAGGCCGUGGCAGUAUGAGAGGCCGAGGCAUGACCUCCUCACGGGGUGGACGGGGAGGCCGUGGUGGUCGUAAUCAUGGCGGAGCUGUCGUAGCCACCGGUAGCACGCGUGCAAACCGUAGCGGUGAUAACGAAGAUGACAAUCCGGAGAAUGACGACAACUUUACCGACGGUACCGGCCCCUUCCACGAAUCUCGUGUGCAGCAAUCAUCGAAAGCGGCUAAAGACUCGAAAAGAGACCGUGGAGCAAAGUUUAUCAGUAAAACGACACCCUCGCAGCCUGUUGCUCAGGCUCCUCCUGUAGUUCACCCCGUAUUGACAGGCGCUUGGACUAAAAAGCUGAAUGUAUCCAGCGUACCUGCAACUCCCAGACCUGUAGAACCCAUAGCCACACCCGCUCCUGCAUCGGCACCUGCAUCUGCAACGGAACCCAAGCCAGCGGAGAAACCGUCGACACCGGCUACAGAAGCUGAGGCUGUUGCCGUUACUUCCACACCUGAGGACUACCAACUAGCCAGCCCGAAGAAGAAAGUUCAGCAGGAAAAGAAGAAGAGUAAGAAGACGCAGACAUCCAGCACAAAGGAAGCAGGUGAGGAAAGUGUUGUUGUCAAAAAGUCUGAAGUGCUGAGCGUCGUGGACAAGAUAGCCAGUCCUGACGCUUCUCCGAAGAACAAUGCUGAAAAGAAGAAGACAGAAACUGUGGAGACCACGGUAGAAAGCUCUGCCUCAAAUAUUGCUGCUGGAUGGGGCUCCCUAGAUGUGUCCACGUCAACGGUGGACGAAUGGUCUUCGUCUGCUCCUGCAGAUGCCACGGAGCCUAACAAGAUAUCGGCUUCGAAUGCAUGGGUGCGUGGUAGUCCUAUCCUCUCUCCUCCUGCCAGCAAAAGAAAUGCCCCUGCACUGAAGUCGCCGGAUGCCGAUGCAAGGGCGAACGUUGUACCGGAAUCUCCGAAGGAUACUGAUGUCCCUCGUUCUAGCGGAUCGGCGUCGACGAGUCCUCGGCCGUACCUUAAGAUGGGCAAGUGGGAUAGCGCCGCAACGCCGAACCUGUCACUUCAGUUUGGUAGCUUUUCGCUGAGUGGCAUGGAUUCACUUGAGCCUACAUCGCCGCAUGGUUGGGCCUCGACGACUACAACUACUACGACAUCCAGCUCGAACAAUGGCGACAAAACCGUAACUUCAUUUGCCACGAACCAAAAUGCGUGGGGUACCACUGCCGCGUCGCCAAAGAAAACAGUGUCAUCACCCCGCAAUGAGCAGCCUCGUGUGCAGGAAGGAUCUGUUACAAAAGCUACAGCUUCUGCGCCUCCAGGACUAUCAGUGGACUCGGGCCGUAUGACUCCUCCUACAGGACAGUCUCCUCGGUAUGCACCAUCGGCUCCAUCUCCUGCAUCUCUGCCUAAGCCUGAUGAAGUUAAGCGUGGCACCCCUACACGCGUUCAGGGAGGACCAUUUCAAACUCAAGGCGGAGCUGCGGCACAGACAAAUAAAAUGAACAUCGGCUACGGCACGGGCCUAUACCAAGCAUCUUAUGGCCAGUACGCGAUGGAUCUUGGUCGCACUGCUGCGGCCUCAACCCCAGGCCAGCUCGCAACUACCUCUGGGACUCCGAAAAGCGUUGGUGCUCGCGGUAGUGCUCAAGUUGCGACUCAAUCUCCUACACGCAGUCAACAUCCCGUGGCACAGAUGCAGCAGAUCCCGCUGCAACAACAAUCACAGCAGCAUCAACAGCAUCAACAGCAACAGAUCCAGCAGCACGCACAGCAGAAACAAAGUCAGCAGCAACAAGGUCAGCAACCGCAGCAGAGCCAGACUCAGCAGCAAACAGCUGCCCAGUUGCACCAGCAAACUCAGGCUGGCAUGCAACAGGGCUACCACUACGCUCCUCCUCCCCCGCCAGGCAUGGCGCUGCCGUACAAUCCGUACAAUUAUGCCGGGUACUAUCAGGGCUAUGGCUACUACCAGAACCCGCAGUUUGCGCAGUACAGCCCGCGAACGCAGUAUCCGCCACGUGGCAGCGUGCCAUAUGGUGUUGAAGGGCCUGUGCCGGGAUUUUCGAACCCGCCGAAUAUGCCUUAUCAGGACCAGCACAUGCUGGCCCAGCAGCAUGAGUACGCCGGAGCCGUACCCCAAGGUUUCGGCGAAAUUAAUACUGCGUACAUGCAGCAGCCGUCAAUACAGCAGCAGGGUGGCCACCACCACCACGGUCACUCGAGUGGCUCGCAGAACCACAGCAAGGGUGGUUCCGCUUCUGCUGUUGGGGGUGCUGGCGCACAGCACUCACACGGCCAGCGCGGUAAUGCAGGGAUGCAGGGUUAUCAGAACGCAGGAGGUCGUGACCACGCAUCGCCACCGGUGCCUAACGCUUCAGCGGCCAUGACCGGUUCGUACGGCCAGCACUACGGCUGGGCGGGUAAUUACGGAGCCCAACCUGUCGGCGGCUGGAGCCACAUGAUGCCCCAGGGCUACCAGCAGUCGCCGUCCCAACAACAACAACAGCAAGUUCCGCAACAACAGCAGCAGCCAAACGCGCACCAACAGAGCUAUCACCAAUACGGCAACAACAGUGCCCAGGCUAGCAACAUUGCGAAUGACGUGAACCAAGCACGCUGGAGCAGCUCGUAG